UUUUGGUGUUUCCGCAGCUUCGCUUUCUGUUUUUUUUUACACUUUUUUUACUUUAGAAGCGUUCUUUAAUAAUUCUCUUCCGUUUUUCUUGUGCAUUUGAUGGUUUCUAUUCUAUCAUAUUCCAUCAUUAUUCAAAAUUUUACUAACUCGGUGGCAGGUCAUAUGUCAACGAAAAUUAUUACUGCUGGAUAAUUAAUUUGGGAAGAAUCAAGAAUGGCCUUGAGCCAAAGGGCCAAACCUGGUGAGGAGAGUUUGAGUAUGUUUUGCACUAUCUACGAUGCCGCCGAAAACAGCCAGCGAACGCCCAAGCAGACGAGAAUGGAAGAGCCAAAGAUCAGCAAACCACAGCAAACGUCCUCGCUGUUAGCCGAUUCCCGAAAGUACGAUCAGAAGGAAACGGAGAAUUCCCCGCGGAGCACUUCCAGCAGCGUGGCCUCAGUCGACGCUGUCCACCGUUCCGGAACACCUCAGCCAACGGAACGGCAUCAGCACAAAGAGCAGACAAUGUCCAGUCCGCAGAUUGAAAAUGCUCGAAUUUCUCGCAGUAUUGACGCAGAAAACAGCCGUUCCCCGGCAACAGUUUCGUCUGGGUCGAAAGGCAUGGAUUCGAUGAGCCAUGAUAAUAGUCUUUUCGUUACGCCUCCAAGGCAACAUUCGGCAAGUAAGGGCUUGUUUGAAAAUCUGGACAUUACAAAGGUUCAGGAAUUCAAGCCUACAUCACAACCGCCCCAAGAAGUUGGAAAUGGUGACGGUAACAUGCCUGAAACGAAUCUCCCCACUUUUUUUCUGCGAUAUAUUAACGGAAAUAAAGAGUGGAAGCGCAACAUGGAAACGAAAAAGAGUGCAAGUGUCGAAGGAUGCGCCCCAUGACCCCGGUGUCCCACAACGGAAAUCGCCCUUCAUCUAGGGCAUCUCCGGGGCCACUGCGAAACAUUUGGCCUCCAAAUGUCCCAUACAAAUACUUCGCCGAUGAUAUUCCUUAUCGCCGGAGUUGUGGAGGAGAUGAAAAUGAGCCAAUGAUAAAGGUUUACGUCCAGAGCGUGGCUGACCCGGAGUACGUGUUUGUUGUCGAGGAUGAGGGACAGGAAUAUGAUAAGAAAAUGGGGGAGCUCAUGGUAAAAAUUGAAAACGCUGCCGCAUCCAGAUAUUCCCAGAUGCUCCACUUUGGCCACCUGCCAUCUGUGGGAGCUGCAGUUUGUGCUAAAGUGGAAAGUCCAGAUAUUCCGGGAGGAGAAAAAAUUUGGCUGCGGGCGUUGGUCUUAAACAGAUUUGUGGAAACUGAGGAACUGCUGCUUUUCUUCAUUGAUUUGGGGGAGACUGCCAUUACUCCUCUUGCCGCAGUUCGGUCCAUCACGCCGGAGCUGAUGCAAAUCCCCAAGUGGAUCAACCCUGUACAGAUCACCGGUCGAACUAACGGAAAUGGACCUUUUGACGAGAGCGCAAUCGAAAAAGCGCGUCAGCUUUUGGUGGGGAAAGGGCACGAAAAACCCGUACGGCUGUUUGUGGAAGACCAGCUGCAAGACUGCAUUGUGGGCUCGAUGUUCUUGCGACUAGCCGAUAAAAAUGAAAGUGUCCUGAACCUGUACCGGAAGAACGGGAUUAAGUUUUGAUCUGAGGGGGAUUUAUCGGUUACCUUGGGAUGUGAAAUGGCUCACAUUUCGUCUGUUUCGUGUGACUUUUAUUGACGACCAGCUAUCAGUUUGUCUCACAUGGUACAGCUUUUUUUCCUUCGGUCCUCCCGUUCUUACAGUAUUUUUUUAUUUUCUACCUAACUUAUUUACAGGAUUUCUCUGUUGUGUUCGUAUGUGUUCAUCGUUCAUGGAAUGUAUCCAGCUUAAGUUUCUGUGAGUUAAAUUUUGGAAUAAACCCGUAUCGAAUCAUUGA